AUGAAAUUUGCUGCGCUUCUGUCCAUUCUUUCAGCUUCGAUUGUCCUGGCCUCAGUAGCCGACGAUACUGCAGCUGUAUGUGCCUAUCUGCACUCAAACUUUCCUGACCGUACGGCCUGGGAUCCUCUUAACCCACACGCCAUUGAGAGUAUCUUCAAUGCCGCAGCAUAUGCCAACACCAUAACGCACUACUGGAAUGGUGCCAAUGGCCUGAAUCGACCUCUCUGUAUCUUCUUCCCGUCCAGCGCCGAGGAGGUUUCGGCUGGUGUCAAACAGCUGAACAAAUAUCCCAACGUCCAGUUUGCGCUGAAGUCAGGUGGUCAUAACUUCAAUAAGGGGAUCUCCAGCACCAACGGUGGCAUUCUGUUCUCUUUCAACGAGAAUCUCUCUUCUGUGUCUCGUUCUGAGGAUGGCAACAGCUUCCUCGUCGGUCCUAGUGCACGAUGGGGAGAUAUUUAUAACGUAUCGACCAAGGCUAACCAAAUUGUGGUCGGAGGGCGACUGGCCAACAUCGGCGUUGCCGGCCUCGUCCUGGGAGGUGGCUUGUCAUACUACUCUGCCCAAUACGUAAGUGAAAAACUUCAAUAA